UCGCUGACCAUGACUGCCUCACUCCUCGAACGCCUCAGUCUUCCAAACAACAACUCUGUUGGCCCUGUGCGCACCAGAGGCAACCGCGCCGGGAGCGCCAGCCCUUAUAACCGCAAUCAACGUCCUCCGAAGGGCGACAUCAACAAUACGUGGCGACAUGAUCUCUAUCGCGGGCCAGGCGCCGACAAGGAUCAGACAGGCUCGCUCAGCGCUCGACUGUCAGAUUCGCAGUCCGGUGCACCGAAGAUGAACUUUUCGGGCGCCGAUAGGGCUCUGAGGGAGGCUCUAGGUGAAAAGGGGCUUUCUAUCAAGGGCGCGAGCAAUAGAGGAAACGUGGUUCAGGUUGGAGGGUUAGCACCAGGGACCAGCGCAGCCGACGUAGAGGCCAUCUUCAAGCGUUGCGGGGCAAUAACGAACGCCGUUUUGUAUUCACGAGGUGACCCGCCGAUUGUGCGCGUCACCUUCAAGUUUGAGAAGGAUGCACAGGCGGCCGUCGCCAAGUUCCAUGGGCAGCCCGCGGACGGGCGCCUGCUCGAAGUCAAGAUCAUCGGCGGCGUGAACGCGACGCUUGGCGGGCGCAUCAUGGGCGCCGCCAUAGAGGAGGAUAGUGUGGAUGUGCUUAUGGAGGACGGGAGCUCGGGCGGGUCAAAACUGCGCUCGGACGACAUCCUUGCGAAGGGCGCGCGGGCAACAGUGCUCAUUGCACCCCCGGGCAUGGAGCCAUCCGACUACACGCAGCGAUGGGCACGGGGUGGACGAGGGCGAGGGCGAGGUCGAGGCGGCAGGCGCGGAGGAGGUGGUGGCCGGGGAAGCCAGGGUGCCGCAGGCCGGAUGGACGUCGAGUGAGAUGUCAGGCAGUCGAUGGUUAUUUUGUGAAGGCCGUGCUUGGUCGGUGUGGGUGGUGGAGUGCUCGCUCACGGACGGUCUGCUGAUGCGCCACACUCAGCAUUUUACAG